AGAAAUCAAGGUGUAUCAAUACACCUUGAUAGAAAUAUAUAGAAAUCUGUGUAACAGAAUAAUAAAUCGCGCCUUUGGUAAUGCAACGCUGCAAUUCUUGAUAGAAAUACAGUAAGCUACAAUACAAAAUCUUUAAAAAUCGCUUUAUUUCAAACCACGAUUAAAGAUAGUAUGGUUGCCCAACAAAUAUAGAAAAGUGUCUACCAAAAUGAAUCUCUGUAAUCGGUAUAAAGUUAAAUUGAACAGCUGGAGACUUAGGCACUAGCGCUUAUAUGUCUUAGUGGCUAUCACGGAACUAUAAUUUACAUUUGAAAGGUAAUUGCAUUUAGAGUCACUACAACAAUGAACAAAUAAGAGCUAAAGCGUAAGUAUCCAGCUGUGUAGUAGUCCGUGCACGGAACAGAUGUGAUAAUAUCAAUUUUAUUUUGAAUUUUGAUAUCACCAAUGAGAAUUUGAGAAUAGAAGAAAUUAACUGAAAAUUACUUUUUAAAUUUGCUGUAACUAGUGUAACUUUCAAUUUUACGUUGGACGUUGGUGAAGGUUUGUUAUUAAUAUUGCCUACUGAAAAAUCAACAAUGGUCCAAAUUUGUUGUGUGUGCUACAAUACCAGAAAUAAUAAUAAUAAUGUUUCUUUUCAUUCAUUUCCAAAAGAUAUAUCUAAAAGAACCAUUUGGCUUAAUGCACUUAAUUUAACAUCAAUAUCAAAUUGGAAGAAAGUUUGUAGCGCACAUUUUAGUGCUAGUGAUUUUAUAUUUAGCAACAAUCGUAAUAUUCUCCGAUCAACUGCAGUACCAACAAGUAAUUGUAAAUUAUUGGAGGAACAUAGUUAUGCUGAUAAUGUAUCAAUACGUAGUCAGUGUUUAAUGAUUUCUGAUGUUUAUGACACUUCACCAUCUACUUCUAAGACAAAAAGUUAUGAAAAUGUAAACACUGAAACUUCCCAGCCAUCUCUGUUUAAUUUCUGGAUAAAUGGAGAAGUGAUAACUCUACCAAAAAAAACAAGAAGAAUUUGGAGUUCCAGUCGAAUAGAGGAUAUAAGUGAUGAAGUUAGUAGCGCAAAUUUUAGCGCUAAUGAUUUUAUAUUUAGCAAAAAUCGUAAUAUUCUCCAAUCAACUGCAGUACCCACAAGUAAUUAUAAAUUAUUGGAAGAACAUAGUUAUGCUAAUAUUGCAUCAAUAAGUAAUCCGUGUUUAAUGAUUCCUGAUGUGUCACCAUCUACUUCUGGGACAAAAAGUUAUGAAAAGGUAAAUGUUGUUGAAACUUCCCAGCCAUCUCUGUUUAAUCUCUCCACAGACGUAGAAGUGAUAACUCCACCAAAAAAAACAAGAAGGAUUUGGAGAUCCAGUCGAAUAGGGGAUUUACGUGAUGAAGAUUUUUCAUCUCCCAAAAGAAGAAAAAAUAGUCUUUGUUUAGUAAGAAAUACUGUUAAAAAUAUUCGUCGAAAAAAUAAAGUAUUGAGUCAAAGAAACCAACGUCUCAAAAAAAAAAUAUCUUCGCUGUUGGAUAUAAUAAAGGAAUUAAAAAAUAAAUUGCUAAUUUCUGAGCAUGCUGCUAUAAAUUUGGAGAUCACAAAAGUAAGAACUAAAUCUCACAAAAGAAAGAAGGUUUGAGAGGGGCCACAACAUUGAUGUAUAAACUUAUUGUUUUUCACAAUGAAAAAAAUGAAAAUCAGAUAAGCUGGUUGAUGAUAAAUUUGAAGGGUGAAAGCAAACUGCAGAAGUCUGCAAAAUAAUCAAUAACGCAUUUCAUAUUUUGAAUAGUUGAAAGUUAUAUUCAAAAAAACCAUACAAUAAUGCAAUUAAUAAUGAUCAUUUAGAAAAAUACCAACUUUUUACUAAGGAAUUUCAAAAAUAUAUUAAUGAUCUGAAAUUUGAAGAUGAAACAAAUGUUAUUGAUUCUAACCGCAAAACAGGUUUCAAAUGUGCUCUAGACUUAUUCAAAUUGUUAAUUUCAAAAAAUCAUAUGACAUUUUUCAUAACAUUAGUCAGUAUCAUUUAGAAACUUUAUAGUGCAUCACGUAGUAAAGGAGGAUAUAACGACAAUCCAACAUGUCACCAAUUUCAGGCAGUGUUCAAGCGAUUAUUGGUGCACAAUAGUAUAGUGGGUUCAGAUGUGAAUGGCAACUGUUCAAUCCUAGAUAAUACAAACAUAGAAGCUGCGAGUAAUAACAAAUAUAUUGAAAAUGAAAAAGAAUUAAAUUAAAAUUUUACAUGGAAAACUGAAAGGCUUCACUCUAUCAUGAUUAUUUUGAAAAUGUACACCACUUGAUCCUUUACGUUGAAGAUAUGUGUGUGUGUAUCGUUGGAUUUGUUAUAAUGAAAGCAAGUAAAAAAAUAUAAUUUAUAUCUUGUAAAUCCCAUUUAAUGGUGAUAACUCAAAGCAGUAAAUUAUCAAACGUUAAAGAUAGAGGUACUUCAAUAAAACCGAGUAUUAAUGUACAGACAAUUUACGUAGACACUGAAAAAGUUUUCAGAUAAUAUAAUUAUGCUAUAAUCAAUAUUCAAUAUAACAAAGACUAAAUCUUUCGUUUUAAAUAAAGUUAAGAUUAACCUGCGCAUAGUAAAUUUUCAAUAUUUAACAAUAUGACUUGUGUGAAUUAUGAUGUUCACUCAUUAUUUGAUAAAACUCAUCAAUUUAAAAGCCAUCGAGACCAAUUAAUCUAUCUCCUUUUCGAUACCUAUUACAAAUUACGGAUUUUUCAUGCAGUGAGGAAAUAAAAUGGAAAAAUAUCUUUAAGAACCAAGCCGACAAAAAUGAUUCAUUUUAGAUAAGUAAUGAAAAAUUAAUUUUUAGCUUAUUAAAAUUAAAAAUAAGAAUAUUAUUAAGCUGUUUGUAAUAUUAAUAUUUCCUAUUAAAAUUUAAAAAUUAAGAUAAUAGAGAUAAUAAUAUUAUUAUUUAUUAAGCUGGUUGUACCUUGUUCUGUGCUUGCACAUUGUCUUAUUUCAUUUUUACAUAAUAUGAUGAACGUGUAGUAUUAUUGUUCAUAAUUCCUAAUUAAUUUAUUUUUUUUUUAUUUCUUUAACACAUGCAGUAAUAAUUAGUCAUUAUCUUAUUAUAUUACCAUGAUUAUAAUUCAACGAUAUAAUAUCAUUGUAUACGAAAAACAAUUCCGAGCGAAGACGGUCAAUCAGCCUAUAAUAUACUACUAAGUACUAACUAUAUUUGAUGAUAUUGUAAUAUAUAUAUAGUAUAUACUUUAUGAUAUAUCAUUAUUUUAUUAGAUUAUAUUUACAUUUAAGAAAAUAAAUUAAAUAGUACAAUUACCAUCAGCUGUAUAAAUACAAAUUAUCAAUACAUUAUCCUAAAAUUAUAACAAUACACACACAUGAAAGAGUAAUGCUGCAAUCUACAAUUCGAUUACGGUCAAAGGUGGCAUCUCACACCAUCAUCUAAAAAAACGCAUACAACACACAAACGGGGCUCAGUCACUCACUCAAUCUCAUUUAACUAAAUUGUACAUUUUUAUUUGUGUUCUUUUAAAAGUAAAAAAUAAACUAAUUGUAAUUGUGUCAAAUCUAACUUACUACAUUAGCAUUCAUAUUUUGUCAAUUAAUUAAUUAAUUUGUAUUACAAAUGAUUUGGUACUCAUUGAAAAAUUAUUAUGUUUUUAUUAAUUAUUACAAGUAUAAAUUUCAUAAAUAUUUAAUACAUGUUUUAUAUCUUUUCAUAUUUUACAUAAUAAUAUAAUGUUUAAUGAUUAAACACAAUAAAGGAUGAAGAUAAUUUACUGAAAUAUUAA